GAACACGAUUUUUUCAAAUCCCUCUCAACACCGCUAAUCUUGAACAUGACCCCUCCAAUCUGAACUCGAGGCGCUGAACCACUCCCUCGGCCGCGAGAGGCCGAUCGAGCGAUAGGAAGAGGCCGGCAGCUAUGGGCUCAGCGGCAUCAUCCACUUCCACGGCUGGCGACCAUGGCGGAGUCCGAGAGAGCAGGAAGAAGGAGGCGCUGGAUUGGCUGGAGUGGGGAAGAGGGUGGCUAUACGUCGUGGGGGAGUUCUUCUUUCAGAGAAUUUCAGCCAGCCAUCUUGAGAAUCCAUUAACCUUACCUCACCUCGAUGGCUUUACUUGCAUCGUCACCGGCUCCACCAGCGGAAUCGGCCUCGAGGUUGCCAGGCAACUUGCCGAAGCAGGAGCACAUGUUGUUAUGGCUGUAAGGAGAAUGAACAUAGCAUAUGAAUUAAUACAGAAGUGGCAGAAUGACAAAGAGGGCUUGUGUUUACCCCUUAAUGUUGAGGUAAUGGAGCUUGAUCUUCUCUCAUUAGAUUCUGUCAGGCAAUUUGCCAAAGCUUGGAAUGCUCGACAAGUAGCAGUACAUGCCUUGAUCAAUAAUGCUGGUAUUUUUACCUUGGGAGAGCCACAGCGUUUUUCAAAGGAUGGGUUUGAACAACAUAUGCAAGUGAACCAUUUGGCUCCGGCAUUAUUGUCUAUGCUGCUUAUACCAUCUCUUCUCCGCGGUUCUCCAAGCAGAAUAAUUAAUGUGAAUUCCAUUAUGCACGUUGUGGGUUUUGUCAACCCAGAAGACAUGAAUAUUACUUCUGGCAAGAGAAAAUAUACAAGUUUGGCAGGAUAUUCAAAUAGUAAGCUGGCACAGAUAAAGUUUAGCAGCAUACUUCAAAAGAGAUUACCGGCUGAAGCUGGUAUUAAUGUUAUCUGUGUUUCUCCAGGAAUAGUCCACACUAAUGUUGCGAGGGAUCUUCCUAAAGUUUUGGUUGCAGGAUAUCAUUUGAUUCCCUAUUUCAUUUUUAAUGCCCAGGAAGGUUCAAGAAGCACCCUUUUUGCCACAACUGAUCCUCAGAUUUCUGAUUAUUGCGCAAUGCUGAAAGAUGAUGAGUGGCUUGUUUGCCCCUACAUCUCGCAUGAUUGUCGGCCAGCAAAUGCUUCAGAAGAAGCUCACAAUCUCGAAACCUCCCAGGCAGUGUGGGAGAAGUCUCUUGAAAUGAUCGGCCUCCCCUCUGAUGCGUUGGAGAAGCUCAUCGAAGGAAAAAAUCUGGACGACUAAUUAUAAUAGUUGUGCAACUAAACCAUAGUAUUGCAGGCAUGUUCUGAAUUAUAUGUUGUCAACAAUCAGUAUGAGAAGGCCCUUAAAUUAUAUGCUGAGGUAAGUCUCCUUUUGUAUUUAAUAUUCACAAAAUUAGAAUCAGGAGGAUCUCGUGUACUUCUUACGGUUAAUCUUAUUUUUCUUAUUUCUUUUUCAUUUAAUGAAGCUAGAGAUAUUUG